AUUACAAAUUGUAAUUUGUUAUUUCCACGUAUAUUUCAAUCAUUCCCGACUUUUGGUUCGCAACAAUGCUUACAAUUGCUCGUCGUUUUUCUGGUUCUUCCAUCUGCCGAAAACAGAUUACUGUCGGAUCGAACAAUAUUCAAGUCAUCAAAAAUAUUCAAGAUCGGGAAUACGAGGCAAUUUGGAAAACGAUUGGCUCAACUCGUUCCGAUUUGAAAAAGGAUGAUAUCAAAAAAUUCAAAGAAGCUUGGGGCAAUGAUUAUCAUCAAACGCUCACAUUUUUGAAAGAUUCUGAUCGAUUGAUUGCAUCCAAUUCACAUGUUGUAUUCCGCCCUUUGAAGGAUAGCAAAGGACUUGAAAACCUCGUUUUUAGAGGAAACUUGUGGAUUUCUCCGGAUGUUCGUGGAUCUGAGAUUAUGGAUAUCACUGACAAACAAUCGUAUGAUGUUGGUUUCUCAGUUGGAAAUAAUUCAAUGGCUUACGCAACAAAGAAAACAAUGGAUCAGUACAAGAAUCUGACAGGCUCAAUGGAUCAUCUGCACAAGUACUACGUCUCGAACUAUGACUUUGGUGAUCUGUGCAUUCCGAAGGAUUUGGAUACAUCUGGAAUAGUUGUUAAGAAUGCUCGCGAUGUACCUGAUACUGAUAUCUUGAAGUAUGAUGCCAAAGUUUUCAAAUAUGAAAGAUCAAAAUACGUUCUUGGACAAAUUCGAGAAGACUUCGGACGAGUUGCAUACAACGAGAAAGGCGACGUCAUCGGAAUUGGAGCAAUUUCUGUGUAUCCAUCUGGUGAAUGUGCAAUUACUCCGAUGUAUGCUGAUGACAUCCGCAUUGCUCGAACAAUUCUGAAAAAUAUUCUCGAGGAGAUGACGCUGGACGCUGAAAAGUACUGGAGACUCCAAAUUCGGUCUCAUGAUCAACAUACCGGAAGCUAUGGAUGGAUUCGUCCAUUCUUGUCUACAAUGACCCAUCGUUCAGAAGUUUGCACUUUGAUGUGCGACCACAAGGAAAAAGGAAUGGACUUCUCCAAAGUUUAUAGUACUUUCCAUGCUGAUAACUGCCCCAUUUGAUUUUUCGAAUAAAUAUUUUAGUUUC